AUGUUGUCGCUCGUGCGCUCGGCUUUGUCUCCCGCUGCAAGGAGCUCGUCAUCAAGAUUGAUGAUGUCGACUCUUGCUCCCGGGCGUCUUCUUCAAGGCGCCAAAUGGAACUAUCAGCUUCUCGAACCUGUGAUUGGAGAUAAGACCCACAGAGCUACCAUCUACAAAGCCAAGGUCAACCCGCGUGAUAACGACGUACACGCACCGCAGUGGGCUAUCAUCAAAGCAGCCAACGAUGAGACUACCAAGAAGCAGCUGGAUCGUGAACUCAAAUGUUAUGGCCUUCCCAACGUCGCCUCUACCCCAAUCUUCCGACAAAUGUACGACAAGAUUGACGAUAACACUAUCGCUCUAGAAUGGUUGGACAACACCCUUCAAGAGGUGAAGUACGAGCCCAACAUGCACCACUACGCCCUUAUCGAGAAGGUUCUUCAUGCAGCAUUGACUGGCUCGGUCAUUCUGGGCGACCACGGAUAUGUGGAUGUGUCCUACAAACCAUCCAACAUCCUGAUUUCCGGAAUGGGAACCAACAAUGUCACCGUCAAAUUAGGAGAUUUUGGACAGAUCCUCCCGGUUGGUGUUUAUACCGGAACUCAGCCAUACGCCAUGCGUGCCCCUGAAGUCUUCUGUGGCAAACCGUGCACCGCGCUAUCGCAGGUCUGGUCAACCGCUGCCAUGAUACUUGUCUGGAUGCGACCUGGCGUCUUGGGUAUUCAUGGCAGCAAAUCUGAGUUCCUACAAGAGGCUUGGUGUAUGGCAAAGAUCAAGCGACUUUUUCCUGAUCAAUUUGCAGGACUUGAACCGGAAGAUAGUAUUCUCGAAGCUAUCAUUACAACAAGACCAGAGCUCAGAACUAUGCAAACUUUCAAGGGAGUGACACAUGAGCUGGGAGUGGCAAGGGAAGUCAAGGAUGUCCUCCGUAUCAUGUUCACACUUAAUUGGAACGUCAGGCCUUCCGCCUCUGCUAUACUAGCAUUAGAGGAGUUUCAUGCCCUUAAGAAGCUCGUGGGGGGAUGUUUUACCUAA